CUCAUACGUCAAACGUUUAAAAUCUUAAUCGCCUAUUUUAAUUUCACUUUUUUUCGCGCCUUCUAUUUUAUUUUUAUUUUGUUUACUGUUUUCUUUACAGCUUUUUUUGUUUGUUAAAUUGAUUGACAAUAAAAUAUCCUAAAUUCAAUUGGUGUAAAUAUGGCCAGUGGGUUUCCAUUGCGAUUUCCUUGCAAAUCCAUAAUAGAAAAUCCUGAUGAAAAUACAAAUCUUUCAAGUAGGAGAGGUCUUAGAAAUAGGAAGAAACCAAAGAAAUAUGGAGAAUUUUUGGACUUAUCACCUACAAAGCAUAGAACAUUGAUUGAUGUUGAAAGCUCGGAUGAAGAGGAAGAAGAGUUGGAAAAAGAAUUUUGUUUACAGAAACCUACAGCAUUAUUCAGUGAUGAUGAUGUGGAGGGUCAAGAUAUAUUUAAAUUUAAAUCUCGUCACACUAAGCAAGAUUUACACAACAAAGUUAAAGCAGCUAUAAGUAAUUCACCAAAAGUAGACACCCCUACAAAGACACCAAAGAAAAAUAUUGUUUCAAGGACAUUGAACAGUCCUUUUGGCAAAAAUAAUGAAGCAACACCAAAACAUGUAAAGGAUCUUAUAAAAAAAAGGAUCAUUCAAGAAGUCGAAAGUGAUAGCGAUAACAGUGACUUCUCUGCCAGCAGUAGUGAUUUUGUGCCGGAAGGAAGUGACAAUGAGUCAUCGGAGUCGUCAUCAUCAAGUCGCACAUCCGAAGAGGAGGAGGAGGAACAAAUUAAAUACACUAAUAAACUGCAAAUAGUAAAAAAUAAAGGAAAUAAAGGCAAAGUGAAAGAUUCUGAAUAUGUUGUGACACCGGACAAUUACUUUAUGAUGCAUUCAAGCAAAAAAAUCACAACUUCAGAUCACACAUUAGCGAGAUUAAAGAAUUUAAAUCUUACUGAAAAAAUAGAUGAAGGCACAGAGAUAUCAGAUGAACACAAAACUAAAAUAAUGGAGCUGAACCAGUCUUAUGAGCAAUUAUUUCACAAAUGGCUUUAUGUGCUCAGUGAAAAUUUUAAUAUAAUACUGUAUGGUAUAGGUUCAAAACGUUCUGUCCUUCACCAGUUUCAAAUGGAGAAACUUCAAGAUUUUCCGUGUAUUGUUAUCAAUGGAUUUUUUCCAGGUCUUACAAUAAAAAACGUAAUUGAAACCAUUAUUAUUGAUCUAUUAGGAAAUAGUCACGUACCAUCAAAUGUUGGAGAUAUAGUUAAAUUGAUUAGUAUGCAACUUAUAGAAAAUGAUAUUGAUUUGUUCCUAAUUAUUCAUAAUAUAGAUGGAACGAUGUUGCGUAAUUCCAAAGCACAGACCAUGUUGUCUAACAUAUCACAAAUUAAAAAUGUACAUACUAUUGCGACAAUUGAUCAUAUUAAUGCACCAUUAUUGUGGGACCACUCGAAGUUGAGCAAAUUCAAGUUUACCUGGUGGGAUGUAACAACUUUCUUGCCAUAUACAGAGGAAACAUCGUAUGAAAACUCAAUCAUGUCGCAUAGAAGCGGGGCGUUACAGUUGUCCUCUUUGCGAAGCGUGUACCAGUCGCUUACAACAAAUGCUAAAGGCAUAUUCAACAUAAUUAUUGGAUAUCAGUUAGAAAAUCAGAAACAAGCACAUUAUCAAGGUUUGCCAUUCAAGGACCUUUAUUCAAAAAGUCGAGAACAGUUUCUAGUAAGUUCAGACCUGGCUUUGAGAGCUCAAUUGACAGAGUUCAUAGAUCACAAAUUAGUUAAAAUCAAACGUACAUGCGAUGGAAGUGAGAAUCUUGUUAUACCAAUUGAAAAUUCUUUAUUGCAACAAUUUCUAGAACAAGAUAGUUGAUAUAAACAAUUACAUAUUUGUUUUUUUUAUUUGUAAAGAGGCUGCUUAUGUUCUCAUAAAGCCAUCAUCAUCAUCGCCAAAUAGGAAAUGUCUGAUUAAUAUUAUAGAACUAAUGUUUUACCUAAAUUGGUGUAUUAAUAAAGAAUAUAGUUGUCUGCUAAAUUAAUUAAAUAUACACAUCUGUUAUAACUUAUUACUUUUUAUACAUAAGAUAGGAAUACAGGAUAUCAAGUCUAGGUCAAAAUUAAUGUAGUCAUUUAUUUUCCUCGAGUGUUCAGAAAUGAGAAUGUUCUCUUUUAAAUAAAACUAUAAACUUA